AUGCUGCAGGCCACCGUCAAGCUGUGCUGCGGCAUCGCCCACGACCACCUCCGCAGGCUGCCCGGCCUGAAGCUAACAGCCGUGGCAGCGAUACAGAAGGACGUGAGAGGGCUGGUGCUGAGAGGCUCCCAUCACCUGCCCUCCGAAAUCCCUUGUUAUAUCCAGAGGCUCAUGGGGAAGGAUGCUGCCAGGUGCACAGAGCCCGGAGGAGACAUCAGCACCCACCGGUUCUCCAGCACAGAUCUCUCCUACAUCCACCAAGGAGAAAGAGCCCUGCAGCGAGCACUGAGCAUCCUGCAGCACCCCCCAAGCUGGCAGGCAGAGGCCAUGCUGGAUGCCGGGGCCACCGUGUCCAGCGCCGUGCUGCCAGGGCUGGGCAGGGUGUUUCGGGUGGAGGCAGUCCUGGCCGCACCGGUGGGGUGGCUGCACCACGAGCUGUUCGAGGAGCUGGAGCAGAUGCCCCGCUGGAACCCCAGCCUCAGCCGUGUGGAGGUGCUGCAGCGCCUGGGCGAGGACACGCUGGUGACGCACGAGGUGACCGCCACCAGCCCCGUGGGCCGCAGGGACUUUGUGAGCGUGCGGCACCGCCGGCGGACACAGGCGGCUGUCUACCUGGUGGGCACCGCCGCGCGCCUCGAGUGGCUGCCGGCGCAGGAGGGCUGCGUCAGGGCUGAGACACGGCUGAGCUGCAUCGCGCUGCAACCGCUGGCGGGGGACCCCGGCUGCACCCGCGUCACCUGGCUGCUCAGCGUAGACCUCAAGGGCUGGAUCCCCGCCGCUGUCACCAACCGCGUCCUGCCGCAGUGCCAAGCGGACUUCAUCGGGCACCUCCGCCGGCACCUCUCGGCCACCGUGCGGCCGUGA